AUGAUGAUACGCAAACAAGCCCGCGAACGCCGCGACUACCUCUAUCGGCGAGCCCUCACCCUCCGCGACGCCGAAUUAGCCUCUAAACGUGCUGCCCUCAAAGCCUCCCUCGCAACCGGCAAACCGCUCGACCGCAACGUCGCAGACGACACGACCCUCCGCGCCGACUACAAAUACGACGAAACACGCACAGACCGCACUGCAGAAGACGAACUUCAACUUGACGAUGAAUAUGCUCAACUCAGCGGCGUCGUUGACCCACGAGUCCUCGUCACCACCUCGCGCGACCCCAGUUCUCGCCUCGGCACUUUUGCAAAGGAAAUUCGCCUCCUGCUGCCCACGGCCAUACGACUGAAUCGCGGAAACUUGGUGCUGGGCAACUUGGUGAGCAGUGCGCAGGCGAGCGGACUCAGCGACGUCAUACUACUGCAUGAACAUCGUGGUACGCCGACUGCGCUUACCGUGAGCCAUUUCCCACAUGGGCCAACAGCGAGCUUCAGUCUGCAUAAUGUGGUGUUGCGAGCGGAUAUACCGAAUGCAUCGCGUGGUACUGUUAGUGAAAGCUAUCCGCAUCUCAUCUUUGAGGGGUUCGGUACGAAGCUAGGGAAGCGCGUGGUGCAGAUCAUUAAACAUCUAUUUCCACCACGGGAAGCGAAUGCCAAAGUCGGGUCCCGUGUAGUCACCUUCAAAAACAUCGAAGACACCAUCGAAGUCCGCCACCACGUCUUUGUCAAAACAGGCUAUCAGCAAGUCGAGCUUGCAGAAGUCGGGCCCCGUAUGAGUAUGCGCUUGUUUGAGAUCCGCGCGGGCACGCUGGAGAAUAAGGAGGGCGAUGUAGAGUGGCAUCUAAAUCAGUAUACGAGGACGGGACGGAAGAAGGAGUAUUUGUAG